AUGCCUCAGAAGGGCCGUUCGAUCCCAUGCCCACUGGGCCCCUCCAAGAAGACACGCACAGCAAGGCCACCCAAAGGAUCGGCUCAAAUUGUAGCUGAGGUGACAGCGAGCGGAUCACAAUGGGUUCGAAAUCGCACCCAAGAAAUCGAACGUGCCCUCGCUGAGACUCCUGCUGCGAAGAUGCAAGUUCACCAACCUGAAAACAACAUCGAGAUCAUUGCAAGCUCGGAUGACAACAAUUCAGCUGAUGAUCCACCUGAGCAAAUGGGCAACCAUUUCGACCACUCAUUGCCGACCGCUGAUGCCCUACCUCCGAACGUAGAUGUUACACUUGGAGACUACAUACGCGGGUCCUACUAUAAGAAGAAACAAUUAGCAGAAGCCAAGAACUGGGAGAAGAUGCUCAAUCCGAUGUUCUUGGCAUAUAUGUCAUUGGCACGGAAGGGAUCACAGUGGGGCGACCCUCGAUUAUGGAAUGUUGACCAUAACAUUCCAUGUUCAUGCGGUGUAGCAGCCACACGGACUCGACCGGUCGAUAUGGUGGACAUACUUGGUAGGUCACGAGCCAUCAUAUUCCCCUGA